CUCUAAAUGAUAUAUCUUGAUAGCGAGUUAAUUACGAUUUGUUGAACGUAUUGCAUCUAUAAAAGUAAUGUUAAAUAAAACAGCAGCGGCUCAACAAAAGAAAAAAAAAAAAACACACCGGACCAUCCAUGAUAGAAGCCCGCUGUCCUUGAGCGCCCGUCAGGCAGUUCUCCACCGGCUCCAAUUUCUCAACAAAAUCGACGAUCUGUCCCAACAAGAAUGGCCGCUGUUUUGGGGGGGAGAAAAAGAGGAAAGGGGGUGUAAGUUAUUUUAUUGUUACUUUCCUUUACUCCGUACUAGUUCAAGUCAGAGAAAGGGGGGGAAAGGAAAGGAAAAGAAAAGACAGAAAGGACUUUCACGUGCCGAGGGAAAUAAUAAUAAUAAUAUAACGCCAUCGUUCGUCCAACGUGGGAGGUGUAUGAUAUACUGUAUAUUCUGUACUUUAUUUUUGAUGGUAUAUUCUUAUCGAUUGAUUGGAAGGAUCUCAGUGAACUUGCUGUCCCUCAUAUUAUUAUUUGUUAUUAUUAUUACCAUACUCUUCUACUGUACCCCAACGGUUCAUUACGGAAGGGGGAUCAGUCACAUGCAAUGCAACAACUGCUGUGUUUUGCAGGCGGGCACUGCAAUAGAUGAUUGAUUGAUUGAUGACCUCUUUUUCCUGUCGAUCGAUCAUU